AUGAGGUCUUCCGCCGUACUCGCCUUGAUCCCGGGGCUUCUCGUCUUCGGCGUGGCUAGCGUCAACCCCGAGCCCCAUCUGGCCGGCCGGUCCUUCCAAAUGCUGGCCGCCCGCCAGCGGAGGUCCCAGGAUGCUAACGAGACUCUUUCCUCGCUUUUGAAGCGAGACGACUUUACAUGCGGUCAGGGGCCGGACGGAUGGUGCGGCUACGGACCUACGUACUGCGGCAGCGGUUGCACGAGCAACUGCGACGCAAAAGCCGAGUGCGGCCAGUACGCAGCCCCAGCGGGUAAAAGCUGCCCGCUGAAUGUCUGCUGUUCUGAGCAUGGCUUCUGCGGCACCACCAGAGUGAUAGGGUACUGGGAAGCAUGGAACGUCCGGUCCAAGUGCCAUCCCACCAAAGCGGAGGAGCUCCCGCUCAAGGGUCUCACGCACGUCAACUAUGCCUUUGCGUACAUCGACCCCCAGAGCUUCGAGCUCACAACCAUGGAUGCCGCGACUCCAGCGUCCACCUUUUGGGAUCGCGCAGCAGUUAAAAGACUCCACCCUGACAUCCAAAUCUACGUUAGCGUCGGCGGCUGGACCCUUUCGGACAACGAUAUAGUCACGCAGCCCCUAUUUGGCCAUAUCGCCCGCACCGAAGCCAACAGGCAAAAGUUUGCCGACAAUGUGGUCAAGUUUCUGAAUACGUUGGGCUACGACGGCGUCGACCUAGACUGGUACGCCAAUUCGUCCUCGCGCUGA